ACAGCCCCCAUCACAUGGAUGGUUGUCUAUUAACUUGUUCAAAAAAGUAUCAGGAGUUGUCAAGGCAGAGAAGAGAGUGUUUGCAAAAGGGGGAAAGUAGUUUGCUGCCUCUUUAAGACUAGGACUGAGAGAAAGAAGAGGAGAGAGAAAGAAAGGGAGAGAAGUUUGAGCCCCAGGCUUAAGCCUUUCCAAAAAAUAAUAAUAACAAUCAUCGGCAGCGGCAGGAUCGGCCAGAAGAGGAGGGAAGCGCUUUUUUUGAUCCUGAUUCCAGUUUGCUUCUCUCUCUCUUUUCUUCCCCCAAAUUAUUCUUCGCCUGAUUUUUCUCGUGGAGCCCUGCGCUCCCGACACCCCCGCCCGCCUCCCCUCCUCCUCUCCCCCCGCCCGCGGGCCCCCCAAAGUCCCGGCCGGGCCGAGGGUCGGCGGCCGCCGGCGGGCCGGGCCCGCGCACAGCGCCCGCAUGUACAACAUGAUGGAGACGGAGCUGAAGCCGCCGGGCCCGCAGCAAACUUCGGGGGGCGGCGGCGGCGGCGGCGGCGGCAACUCCACCGCGGCGGCGGCGGGCGGCAACCAGAAGAACAGCCCGGACCGUGUCAAGCGGCCCAUGAACGCCUUCAUGGUGUGGUCCCGCGGGCAGCGGCGCAAGAUGGCCCAGGAGAACCCCAAGAUGCACAACUCGGAGAUCAGCAAACGCCUGGGCGCCGAGUGGAAACUUUUGUCGGAGACGGAGAAGCGGCCGUUCAUCGACGAGGCCAAGCGGCUGCGAGCGCUACACAUGAAGGAGCACCCGGAUUAUAAAUACCGGCCCCGGCGGAAAACCAAGACGCUCAUGAAGAAGGAUAAGUACACGCUGCCCGGCGGGCUGCUGGCCCCGGGCGGCAACAGCAUGGCGAGCGGGGUCGGGGUGGGCGCCGGCCUCGGCGCGGGCGUGAACCAGCGCAUGGACAGCUACGCGCACAUGAACGGCUGGAGCAACGGCAGCUACAGCAUGAUGCAGGACCAACUGGGCUACCCGCAGCACCCGGGCCUCAACGCACACGGCGCCGCGCAGAUGCAGCCCAUGCACCGCUACGACGUAAGCGCACUGCAGUACAACUCCAUGACCAGCUCGCAGACCUACAUGAACGGCUCGCCCACAUACAGCAUGUCCUACUCGCAACAGGGCACCCCAGGCAUGGCGCUUGGCUCCAUGGGCUCGGUGGUCAAGUCCGAGGCCAGCUCCAGCCCCCCUGUGGUUACCUCUUCCUCCCACUCCAGGGCGCCCUGCCAGGCCGGGGACCUCCGGGACAUGAUCAGCAUGUACCUCCCCGGCGCCGAGGUGCCGGAGCCCGCCGCCCCCAGCAGACUUCACAUGUCCCAGCACUACCAGAGCGGCCCGGUGCCCGGCACGGCCAUUAACGGCACACUGCCCCUCUCGCACAUGUGAGGGCCGGACAGUGAACUAGAGGGGGGGAAAAAUUUUCAAAGAAAAACGAGAGAAAUGGGGAGGAGAGUAAGGAACAGCAUGGAGAAAAACCCGGUACGCUCAGAAAAAAAAAAAAAAAAAAUCAUCACCCGCAGCAAAUGACAGCUGCAAAAGAGAACACCAAUCCCAUCCACACUCACGAAAAAACCGCGAUGCCGACGAGAAAACUUUUAUGAGAGAUCCUGGACUUCUUUUUGGGGGACUAUUUUUGUACAGAGAAAACCAGGGGGGGUGGGGCGGGCGAGGGAAUGGACCUUGUAUAGAUCUGGAGGAAAAAAAAACUACGCAAAACUUUUUAAAAGUUCUAGUGAUACGGUAGGAGCUUUGCAGAAAGUUUGCAAAAGUCUUUACCAAUAAUAUUUAGAGCUAGUCUCCAAGCGACGAAAAAAAAAUGUUUUAAUAUUUGCAAGCAACUUUUGUACAGUAUUUAUGGAGAUAAACAUGGCAAUCAAAAUGUCCAUUGUUUAUAAGCUGAGAAUUUGCCAAUAUUUUUCAAGGAGAGGCUUCUUGCUGAAUUUUGAUUCUGCAGCUGAAAUUUAGGACAGUUGCAAACGUGGAAAGAAGAAAAAUAUUCAGAUUUGGACAUUUUAAUUGUUUAAAAAUUGUACAAAAGGAAAAAUUAGAAUAAGUACUGGCAAAACCAUCUCCGUGGUCUUCUUUAAAGGGGAAAAAGUUUUAGAUUGUACUAAAUUUUUUUUUUAACUUACUGUUAAAAGCAAAAAUGGCCAUACAGGUUGACUUCGUUGGUAAUUUAUAAUAGCUUUUGUUUCCCAACUUUCCAUUUUGUUCAGAUAAAAAAAAAACAUGAAAUUACUGUGUUUGAAAUAUUUUCUUAUGGUUUGUAAUAUUUCUGUAAAUUUAUUGUGAUAUUUUAAGGUCCCCCCCCCUCCUUUAUUUUCCGUAGUUGUAUUUUAAAGAUUCGGCUCUGUAUUACUUGAAUCAGUCUGCCGAGAAUCCAUGUAUAUAUUUGAACUAAUAACCAUCCUUAUAACAGGUACAUUUUCAACUUAAGUUUUUACUGCAUUAUGCACAGUUUGAGAUAAAUAAAUUUUUGAAAUAUGGACACUGAAA